AUGGCGAAUCCAAACACAAAUACCACGGACGACGAAAAAUGGACAAAAACAACUAUGGAUAAGAGACUACUUUUGGAAGGGCUAAAGAGAGUUAUUGAGAAUAGUUACACUUUUACAGAAGACGUCAAACGAAGCAUGACUAUAUUUACUGUUUUCUACUCCAUUACAUUUAUACUUGGAGUAGUUUUUGUUUAUGUAAAUGCACAUUUUCAAGAAUCACAGAAAGUUCCAAGAAUUGUAAGGAAUUCCAUAGCUGGAGUUGGUACUUUUGCUAGUCUUUUAACAAGUAUGAAAACUAUUUCGGAAACUUUAAGUUCAGCUCGUACAAAGGAAAUUACUAUCUCGAAUAUUGAUUUAAAUAUAGUUAACCUCGCCAUAGACAAUGGUCCUGAUGAUAAUGACUUGAAAGAGUUGAGAGACCUUAUCGAAUCUCGGAAUAAUAAAUUAGAAAAAUUGAGGUUUUAUCGUUCUUUGUGGGCUUUUUUUUUUUCGUAUACAUCAAAGGAACCAUCACAGAAUAAAUAUUUUUUGAAGGAUAUAAGAAGAUAUAAACAAUUUGUCAUUUCCCGUGUCACUUUUCAACAGAGAAAUCGAAAUUAUCAUAAUAUGAAUGGGGAAAGUGAGAAAGUGAAAGCAGAACAUAUUUUACAUGGUUUAGGAAAGGAGAUUGUUUAA